UGUCCCGGUGGAGGCGGGGACACUGGAAGUCUGUGAGCCUGACCUGUUGAGGUGGUUUCUGUUUAACUUUCACUUUCAGCUUCGUCUAACCGUUUCUCACCACUUAACGCCGGCACUAAACUAUUUUUUUUAAGUUACCAUACUUAGUCUAUUAUGUGUUUAUCUUUUGUAUAACGCUAUUCGACAUGUUUCUCUCAGUUCAGAACAGAAGCAGCGAGAUGUCGCCGUCUUUGACAUCCAUGAUAUUGGCCGCUUGGUUGUGUGUUUCAUUGGCUGUCGUGUCCGCAGACUCAGAGAUUCCACUCUACAAAAAGGUGGGCGAUGACGUUGUCCUCAAACCGGGUACUACCUCUGGUACCAUCACCAACAUCAUGUGGAAACAUGGUCCUAACAUCGCCAUCCAGUGGGAUGGAACGGAAUUUGAUUAUUAUCGUCAGUUCAAAGUACGCAGUAGACUGAACAUUACAAAUGGAGAGAUGACAAUCACGGGACUGACUCGAACCCACAGUGGAUUGUACACGCCGGAAAUCAACGACGUGACGAAGAAUGCAACUCAUCUCAUCGUCAUCGCUCCCGUUCCUAAACCCACUGUUGGUAAAUCAAACUGUGGUGCUGAGAAGACCAGCUGUAUUUUGACCUGUGAGGGUAACACCACAGACGCUGAGCCAGUCACCUACAGGUGGAAGUCAGAUAGCGAUGUGACAAGUUCAUCUAAGGAGCAACUCAUUAAUAAGGGCAACAGUUCUAGUAUAAAAGAGUUCCGCUGUGAGCUGGAGAAUCCAGUCAGCCAGAUGAGCAGCGACCCUAUCUCCAACCCUUUCAUCUCAAAACCUUCACCCAAAGAAGAACCAAACGUUUCCAAAGGGCUCAUAGUCUUCGUGGCUCUGCUGUUUGUUGUACUGCUGCUGGUUGGCAUUCACAGAUGUAAAGCAGGAAUGUGGUUCUUCCAAAAAGAAUCCAUGCCAUGGCAAAAAGACUUCUGGCGGAAGCAGCGCAGUAGAGCAUCAAGAGAUGCUGUAUCUAAUGGCACCACAGCUCAAGAGAAGGGACAAAAAGACGAGGAAACACCGAUGACGUAGGCGGCCAACCGUCAGUCAGAACGUGUCAGGUGGAAAACUAGACCAUCCGCGGUGAAGCUGAAACGUUUCAGGAAAUCUAGAAGUGCACAUGGGAUCGGUCUAUUCUCUGUUAACAACACUAGUGUUGUUGGCUCCAAUGCCUCAAAGCUAGAAUUAAUAAUACAGCAAA